AUGCAUGCCCUGCUCUGGCUACUAGGGCUGACCAUAUUGGUUUGCGCCCAGGCGGCAGUUCAAGUCACAGAACCAGAGGCCAGAUCAGUAACCACCAAUUCGAAUUCGCAUGCCAAUCCCAAUUCCCAGCAGGCCUCAACAGGAGUUGUUGGAGUCCUGGAUUCGGUGCUGCAUGGAAAGAGCCGGCAAUCGCGCUGUGUGCGCUGCUAUGAGGAUCGGGAACGUGAUCGUUAUUACGGCGGAAGUUAUUCCAGUCGAUCUGCAGGCGAUGAUUAUCUGAGGGGUAGCAGUUCUUGGUACUAUUCGGGCUAUGAUGAUCGCAGCUCUGGUCGUGAUCGCGACUAUGACAGAUAUUAUGAUCGAAGUCGCUACUAUGAUGAUCGGUAUACACCACGCACGUACGAUCGCUAUGAGAGUCGAGGUGCUUAUGAUGACUAUCGCACCGGAGGGGGAAGAGAUCGCGGCUAUGGUUAUGACAAUCGAGAUCGCUAUUACACCGAUCGCUAUAGCGAUAGUUCGAGAGAUCGCUAUUAUGAUCGUUCACGUUCCAGCUAUGAUCGCUAUGAUCCCUACGAUCGGUAUUAUUCCAGAGGACAAUCGGGCUUUGAUAACUCUGGUCGUGGCUAUUAUUUCGCCACCGAUGAGGACUCCUAUUCCCCACGGCCCCACAACAAUCGCGAUCGUGGUCCGUCUCUCUCAUCCCAAUCAUCGCCAGGCUGCGGUAGUUGCUCCUACGGCAGCGGCACGAGAGUAUCCUCCGCUCACUUGGGCAGCAACAGCUAUGGGUCUGAAGGCAAAGGUUGGACCUAUUUGGGCGGAGAACAGGACAAGCCGAGCUCUGGUUCUGGCUCCUCCGCUGGUUCUUCCUCCUCCUCGUCAUCAUCGUCGUCGUCGUCGUCGUCAUCCUCAUCACCUUCUUCGAGCAACAGUAGUGGCAGUAGUAGGGAUAGAGAGCGUGAUCGCGAACGUGAUAUGCAGAGCUCUCCCUAUGGUGGCCGAACACGUCCUCUAGGCGUAAGCUAUCUCAUGGAGCGGGACAGCAACUCGGUUGUUGUCUCCGAUGGACAAACUGUUAACGGUGGUGGUGGUGGGACAACAGUGAUUCAAGGUGAGGGUAUGCCCGUCCCAGCGGCUCAAACGGCCUCCGCUUCCGCCGAAGGUGAUUCUCAGCUAAAGCCGAUGGACGAUGGCAGGCAAUAAUGACGGCGUUA